UCAGAGAGUGGCAUAGGCUGAAAUCAGAUUGUGACCCUCACUGGUUUAAUCACUUGGACAUGAAAGAGCCUGCUGGGUUUAAUGAUUCACUCCAGUGUCUAUCACAGAGCUGAUACAAUGGCUGCAAUCAGACUUCUCCUCUCGCUCCUUGUUGGCCUAUGUGCUUAUUAUUUCUACAGCCAGGAAACCCUAUCUGCAGAACUGGUGCGAGGGAAGCGUGUGCUGGUCACUGGUUCGAGCACUGGGAUUGGGGAACAAAUAGCCUAUGAGUUUGCACGAAUGGGAGCGCACCUGCUCCUCACUGCCAGGAGGGAGAAGCAGCUCAAGGAGGUGGCACAGAAGUGUCUGGAACUGGGGGCGAGUUCUGCCAGGCACGUGGUGUCCGACAUGAACAACUUGACUUCAGCCCAGAAUGUCAUUGAAGAAGCCAGAAACAAACUGGGGGGUCUUGACUACCUGGUUUUGAACCACGUUGGGGGAAGUGGCCGGUUUGGCCCAUUCCAAGGAGACAUGGCAGCAGUGACCAGCUCCAUGACUGUCAACUUCUUGAGCUACGUCCAGCUGACAGUUUCUGCAAUGACCAUGCUACAGGAGUCUCAGGGCAGCAUCAUUGUCAUAUCGUCCCUGAGUGGUCGCAUAGGAGCACCAUUCACCCUCUCAUACAAUGCAGCCAAGUUUGCUCUGGAAGGAUUCUACAGCUCGCUACGCAGGGAGCUGCGCCUUCGCGAGAUCAGUCUCUCAGUCACAGUUGCUGUGCUGGGAUAUAUUGACACAGACAAUGCUUUGAAAAGCGUCGGUGAUAAAAUCACCAUGCAGGCAAAUCCCAAAGAAGAGUGUGCCCGGGAAGUGGUGCGGGCUGGUGUGCUGCGACAUCGAGAGGUCAUAUAUCCUUACUGGGGCCUAAAGCCUCUGCUGCUGCUAAAGGAAUGGAUGCCAGGCCUGAUGGAAAGGCUGCUGGACAAAUUCUUCGUCCUGGAAAAUAUCCUCUAAGCCUCAGGGCAGUUCAGUUUCACAUGGAAGCACAAUAAAAGGAAAACCCUGCUCAAGCAGAGGGGGCAACUGA